AUGGUGCCAGAAGAUCAGACGGGGGACAAGCCGUUGACAGACGACUUACUGGCCACGUGGCUGAGGAUAAGUGAGGUGAAAGCUAACGAUACCGAAGAGCACACGUAUGACAUGACAAGGUACCAAGACAGCCUGAACAGCAUGUUCCUCAGCGAAGCUAACAUUAAGAAGGUGGUGAAGUACCGCGUAUGUUCCAUGGCCAUCCACCCUUCUGAAAGUGUCAUCUUGGUGGCAGCUGGCGACAAGUCCGGGCAGGUCGGGCUCUGGAACGUGAGCUGCGAGUCAGAAGAAGGAGCGCAGGUCUUCGUUCCGCACAGCUUCCCGGUGAGCUGCAUGCACUUCUCACCGUGUAACCCCGCUCACCUGCUGUCUCUGAGCAACGAGACGCUGCGGUGCGGGGACGUUACCAGAGCUGUGUUCGAUGAGAUCUGCAGGAGUGAGGACAGCUCCUUCUCCUCUUUCGACUUCCUGGAAGAUGGUGCCUCCACCGCGAUCGUGGGACACUGGGAGGGCGAUGUCUCCGUCGUGGACAGACGGACCCCGGGGACAUCUCCAGAGCUGUCUGCGGACGUCAGCUUCAAGAGAACGAGGACGGUCCACGUCCACCCCGUGCACAAACAGUAUUUCCUUGCUGCUGGCUCAGUGGAUGUUUGUAUUUAUGAUGUUCGGUACCUGAAGUCCAAGGGGAACAAGGCCGUGAGCUCUCUGACAGGACACACAAAAAGCGUCGCCUCCGCGUAUUUCUCACCCGUGACAGGGAACAGGGUGGUCACGGUGUGCGCCGAUGACAAGCUGAGGGUCUACGACACCACCUCCCUGACCUCGGUGGCGCUUCUCAGCACCAUUAGACACAACAACAACACGGGCCGCUGGCUCACCAGGUUCCGUGCGAUCUGGGACCCGAAGCGGGAGGACUGCUUCGUGGUGGGCAGCAUGGCCCGGCCGCGGCAAAUCCAAGUUUUCCGCGACACGGGGACGCUGCUGCACUCGUUCUGGAACGCUGACUGCCUGGGCUCCGUCUGCUCCAUUAACGUGCUGCAUCCCAGUAAGAACAUCUUAGUGGGAGGCAACUCCAGCGGCCGCCUUCAUGUCUUCAAAGAAGGAAACACACAGCUCUGA